AUGAGAGUCUCCGUUCGCUAUGAGGAUAAUGCAUUUACAACUACCUCGUCCUGCUCGGACACCGAGAUAGGCAAGGUGGCCUCCGCCCCUUUGAACAUCCUUUCUCAGAGUCGUUCUUUCCUGGCUGACCUGAGCCGCUUUGAGGUGUUAGAUGGCUUGGCCCCAUUUGGGCCCUUGGUCUCCCGGGGGGGGGCCCGGUGGGCUCGGGGAGGCUCCCGGGGAGCCCAGCUCGUGCAGGGUGGCGGCGGAGGGGGCAGUGUGGAGCGCGCGGGCAGCUUGGCGCGGGGGCGGCCGGGCCGCGCCGGGGUCACCGGGGAAGGGCUGCGCGAAUACUUCGGCCAGUUCGGGGAGGUGAAGGAGUGUCUGGUGAUGCGGGACCCCCUGACCAAGAGAUCCAGGGGUUUCGGCUUCGUCACUUUCAUGGACCAGGCGGGGGUGGAUAAAGUACUGGCGCAAUCGCGGCACGAGCUGGACUCCAAAACAAUUGACCCCAAGGUGGCCUUUCCUCGGAGAGCACAGCCGAAGAUGGUGACUCGGACGAAGAAGAUCUUUGUUGGGGGCCUCUCGGUGAACACCACAGUGGAAGAUGUGAAGCAAUAUUUUGAGCAGUUUGGGAAGGUGGACGAUGCCAUGCUGAUGUUUGACAAAACCACUAACCGGCACCGAGGGUUCGGAUUUGUCACGUUUGAGAGUGAGGACAUCGUGGAGAAAGUGUGUGAAAUCCACUUCCAUGAAAUCAACAACAAAAUGGUGGAAUGUAAGAAAGCUCAGCCAAAGGAGGUAAUGUCUCCCACGGGCUCAGCCAGGGGAAGGUCUCGAGUCAUGCCCUAUGGAAUGGACGCCUUCAUGCUGGGUAUCGGCAUGCUGGGCUACCCCGGUUUUCAAGCCACAACCUACGCCAGCCGGAGUUACACAGGCCUUGCCCCUGGCUAUACCUACCAGUUCCCCGAAUUCCGUGUAGAGCGGACCCCACUCCCGAGCGCCCCAGUCCUCCCCGAGCUUACAGCCAUUCCUCUCACUGCUUACGGACCAAUGGCAGCCGCCGCCGCAGCAGCAGCUGUGGUUCGAGGGACAGGCUCUCACCCCUGGACGAUGGCUCCUCCUCCAGGUUCGACUCCCAGCCGCACAGGGGGCUUCCUGGGAACCACCAGUCCCGGCCCUAUGGCUGAGCUCUAUGGGGCGGCCAAUCAGGAUUCAGGGGUCAGCAGUUACAUCAGCGCCGCCAGCCCUGCUCCCAGCACUGGCUUCGGCCACAGUCUUGGGGGUCCCUUGAUUGCCACAGCCUUCACCAAUGGGUACCACUGAAGCAGGGGACAGGUGGCAGGAGCACCCCAGCCUGCAGCUGACUGAGGACCAGAGCGAGCCAGCCAGGGGGCGGGACACCUCAGCCGCAGCCACCCUGCCCCCACGCGCGACUCCACCGCUACUGCCUGCCCCCUCCUCCCCUGCCAGCCCCUGCCCUGCUACCCCAACAUCUGACUCCUCUACUAACUUCCCUUUUUUUCUGCCUUUUCCCCCUGUCCCCUACCUGCCCCUCUCCCUACCUGCUUUUAUUUAUUUUGGAUUAGCCGGUUGGUCCCAGACCCCUGGAUGACCCCCCCCCCAACUUCUCUUUCCCCUCUAGGACCUUCCCCCCCUCCCCAGUUCCCACCCCUGUCCCCAGGCUUUUGUAUUUGUGCAUAGUAGACUGAGCGGAGGGAGCCUGCUACAGGCCACAGCCUCAAGCCCUGAUUUUUAAUUCUGAUAUUUUUUCCCCUCCUUUGCUCUUUACUUUGUUUUUGUUUUUGGUUUUUCUUGUUGUUUUUUUUUUUUUUUUAAAGAAACCGUUUUUAAAACUAUUUCUAGGUUUGUGAAUGUGAAGCCCCAGGCCGCAGGGGGCAAGGGGCCAGGUACCCCCCCACACACACACACAUACACACUGGCUGAGAACCAAGUGUCUCUGUGGGUGUGGACCCCUGGCCGGCUCCCUCCAGCCCUGGAGGGGAGGGCAGGGCUGUGGGUAGGCCAGGCCGAGCCCCUGGAACAGCCCUGUGUCCUGUAUCAUAUGUAAAUACUGUGAGGUGAAGCGCCUACCCCUCUCUUUAAGACCCCUGGGGGGUGGGGGG